CAGACAUACAGACAGCGCAGGAUCCAUUCCACAGUCGGACUCUUUCGCGGGAAAAAGGCUUUUCUGAAAAAUUUUCAAAGCUGAUCUCAUGAAAUGAGUUCAAAAGUACCAGUCGAAUCAACUGAUGAUUCUGCAACCUAAACUUCAAUAAACAAUCCAAACCGACUCAACAUCAGAUAUCAGAAUCCCAUCAGAUUUUAAAAUGCACCUUUGUAAACAAAGGAAGGUUUACCUUGUGGUUCUGCUGAGCUUCAUUGGCAUCUUUAUGGUGACAAUACAUAAAGAACCUUAUGAAAAAAUAAUUUACUUAGUCAACAAUACCUUGGCAGAGCGGUUCUUUCGUGAAGAACCCUGUGCAUGUAUGGAACGAUGUUUGACGGCAAGCGACGAUGAGUGGUUUAUGGAAGUCUUCAGAGAAGAUAUUCCACCUCUUCUCUCUCUUGAAAACAGCAAGCUGUCUGGCGAUAUCUUUAAAUGGUGGCAGCGUCUACAGUCUAAUAGUCAGGCUAAUUACUCUCAAGUGAUUGAGGAGCUGUUUGCCAUCAUUCCUGGAGAAGAGCACUACAGAGACAGCGGCCCACAUCGCUGUCGAACUUGUGCUGUGGUGGGGAACUCUGGCAACCUUAUAGGAUCACACUAUGGUCCUCUUAUAGACAACAAUGAUUUCGUAAUGAGAAUGAAUAAGGCACCAAUUGAAGGCUUUGAAAAUGACGUGGGAUUCAGGACGACCCACCGGAUCAUGUACCCAGAAAGUGCCGUCCAUCUAGACAACUCCACCCAUCUGGUGCUGUUUCCCUUCAAAAUACUGGAUAUCCAGUGGAUCACCAGUGCUCUAUCCACUGGAACUAUCAAACGAACACGGUUUAAGGUUAUAGACAAGAUACAAGCCAACAAGGACUAUGUGAUGGUUAUGCACCCUGCUUUCAUGCAUUAUGUGCACAAUUCCUGGCUGAAGAGCAAGUCUCCGAAAGCUUAUCCAUCCACGGGUUUUCUUGCACUAAUGUUUGCACUACAUGUCUGUGAUGAGGUCAACGUGUUCGGUUUUGGUGCAAACAGUAAAGGGAUUUGGCACCACUAUUUUGAAAAGAUUCCCAAGACGUUCAGACACACUGGAAAACACAGAGGAGGAGCCGAGUACAGUAUCAUCUUAAAACUUCACCAAAAGAAUAAAAUCACUCUUUACCCUGGGUGGUGAGAAGGAUUAUAUGAGUUUGAGUCUGUAUGUUUAAUAAAAUUAACUUAUUUACUGUAUUUAUGUACUGGCAUUACCUGUUCUGUUGUUUUUCUCUUCACUAUAAAAAAAAAAAAUCACUAUCCUAAACAAAGAUUUAUUGAAUGUUCCCAUGUUCACAUUACAAAAAAAAAGAAAAAAUCAAUCAAUGAAUGGUAAAUGGUCUGCACUUAUAUUGCACCUUUUUGGUAUUCAAAGCACUUUACACUGUGACUCAUUCACCCAUUCAUACACCAAUGGCAGCAGAGCUGCCAUGCAAGGUGCUAGCCUGCCAUUGGGAGCAACUUGGGGUUCAGUGUCUUGCCCAAAGACACUUCAGCAUGUGGAGUCAUGGGGCCAGGAUUCAAACCACCAACCCUGCGAUAAGUGGCUGACCCACUCUACCAACUGAGCCACAGCCGCCCAUAUUCACACGACAGGUUCUUGUAUGGCACAUUUCAAUGAUGAAAAAAAGUGUCAUAUCAUACAUUUGUGUUGGGACACAUUCAGAAUUUUUGUUUGGUUUACUGUAACUGGGCAGGGGAUUUCCAUUAUGGUGAAGAGAGAUAUUUAUUACUCUCUCAACUGAGCAUUUGCUGUAUUAUUUACUGCUUCCCACCAGCAUGUAUUGUGCAUGCUAACUGUACAAUCACUCUCACUAGCUUGUACAGUAUAUACAGGAAUAAAAUAUUUAUUUGAGUUACUUUGACAUGUCAAAUUAUGAUUUCCCAAUUCAGUUAGGUUCCCGCUUCAGAAUGUAUGAGUUGAGAUUUCAGAGUAAUUUUAAGCUAAGAAAACUAAUUUCAAACACGUGGCACCCUGUCUACGUUUGAAUCACAUUCAGCCAAAUAAUUGUAUUUUGUAUUUUUUUGAGUGUAUACAUCUAUUUGAUAUAUUUUGCAUUAUAUUUACGCAAACUCUUACAAAACUUAUUGUGGUUGCAUCUGUAAAUGGUUGCACAUAUAUGAAUGUUUACAUAUACAGUAGCACAAUUUUUAAAUGAAGAAACAAUGUUUUCCAAACUGUAAUCUCUGUCUUUAAGAACAACAGAAACCAUUUAAACUUUGAACUUGACAUUGAAGACACUGUUCAGAAAGGAGCAUGUUUAAUAUUGCACGCAAACAGAAAAUACACAAUCCAUUAUUGAUAUUGUACCUGCCUCAAUCCCUUGUUGGCCUUGCAAUGCCCAAGGGUAAUUGGCUGCCAAAGGCCAUUGGCCCCCAGAAAGCACCAAGGAGGCACGGUGAAGCCCCUGAAGUGACAGU